GGUGCGUGUCCAGAACAAUCACUUCCACAUCAGAUGUUUCACAUGCCAGGUGUGUGGCUGUGACCUAGCUCAGUCUGGCUUCUUCUUUAAAAAUGGGGAAUACAUCUGCACUCACGACUACCAGCAGCUCUAUGGCACCCGCUGUGACAGCUGCCAAGACUUCAUCACUGGAGAGGUUAUCUCAGCCUUGGGCCGGACGUACCAUCCCAAGUGCUUUGUGUGCAGCAUGUGCAGGAAGCCCUUUCCCAUUGGAGAUAAGGUGACAUUUAGCGGCAAAGAUUGUGUUUGCCAAACUUGUUCCCAUUCACUGAUUAGCAACAAACCUAUCAAGAUUCAUGGACCAAGCCAAUGUGCAGGUUGCAAAGAGGAAAUCAAGCAAGGUCAGUCCCUCCUGGCUUUAGAAAAACAGUGGCAUGUCAGCUGCUUCAAGUGCCAAACCUGUGGAAUCAUCCUGACUGGAGAAUACAUUAGCAAGGAUGGUGUUCCAUACUGUGAAUCGGACUAUCAUGCCCAAUUUGGUAUUAAGUGCGAGACCUGCAACCGGUAUAUUAGUGGCAGAGUGCUAGAGGCAGGAGGGAAGCACUACCAUCCCACUUGUGCCAGAUGUGUACGAUGUCACCAGAUGUUCACAGAAGGGGAAGAAAUGUACCUCACAGGUUCAGAAGUAUGGCAUCCUAUCUGCAAACAAGCAGCAAGAGCAGAAAAGAAGCUAAAGCACAGAAGAACUUCAGAGACAUCCAUAUCCCCUCCUGGCUCCAGCAUUGGUUCCCCCAACCGAGUCAUUUGUUCCCUUGGAACCUUGUCUCCAUAUUCUCAGGAUAUUUAUGAGAGCAUGGACAUCAGGCAGAGGCGAGCAUCCAGUCCAGGCUACAUAGACUCACCCACCUACAGUCGCCAAGGCAUAUCUCCCACCAUCCCACGCUCUCCGCAUCAUUAUUACCGCUCAGCUACAAAAAGCAAAACUAGUGAAGACAUCACCCAGACCUCCAAAUACAGUCCAGCUUAUUCACCAGAUCCAUAUUAUCACUCAGAAACAGAGUAUUGGACUUUUCAAGGUUCACCCAAAGCUCCUCGAGUUCGAAGAUUCUCAUCAGGAGGAGAAGAAGAUAGCUUUGAUCGGGGGAUGCACAGAAUCCAGACAGGAAUUGGCCGGUUGAUACUGAAGGAAGAAAUGAAGGCCCGUGCUAAUUCAUACAUGGACCCUUGGACACCUCCCCGCAGCUCUGCGAGCAGCAGAGAAGCUCUUCAUACAGCAGGCUACGAGGGCUCCUUAAAUGGCUCACCCCGGUCACACUACCUGGCAGACAGUGAUCCCCUCAUUUCAAAAUCUGCUUCUCUUCCUGCUUACAGAAGGAAUGGGCUCCAUAGGCCUCCCAGCGCUGAACUUUUCCACUAUGACAGCACACAUGCCGUCAACUGGGGGAUGCGAGAAUACAAGAUAUACCCUUAUGAGUUGCUUUUGGUGACAACUAGGGGAAAAAAUCGCUUACCCAAAGAUGUGGACAGAACUCGGUUAGAGCGCCAUCUGUCCCCAGAGGAAUUUUACCAGGUGUUUGGCAUGACUACUGCUGAAUUUGAUCGCCUGGCUUUGUGGAAAAGAAAUGAGUUGAAGAAGCAGGCUCGGCUAUUUUGAAAACAGUAUAUAUAAAAACUAUAUAAAUAUCUCUAUAUAGAAGCUCUGUAUAGUACAGAGUAGAAUCUCUGGCUGUUCUCUUUGGAAGCCUGUAGAGUGAACUGAAGUCUCACAAAUAUUUUUAUGCUCUUUGUUUCUUUUAUUCUUUUUUUUUUUAAAAAAAAGGAGUAACUGCUAUUUGGGAAACUUUUCAACUGUGGGGAGGAUGUGGGAGCCUGUUUUAUACUGAGCUGUUUCUUUUUCUUACAUCAAUGUUGAGAACCUUGGGCAUUAUUAUCGUAGCUCACCAUGAGCCUCUUAAAAGCAAGUCUGGAGAGAUAGGAUGAUGGAACUGGGGGCAUAUUUUGACAGAGCCAAUCAUCCGUAUACAACUCCCCCCCACCCCAUGGCUUCAGAAUAUUUGAAGUAUGCCUGCUCAGUCAGGCCAAGGAUUUAUCUCAACCUGCCUUUUGUUUCUAACAGUAGCCCAACAAAUAUCUUUUGCUUUUUUCUAUUAU